AUGAUCAAUCCUAAUAUUCAGUCGACGUUGAAUGCUGGAAAUUCUUCCUUUCCUGCGUCAUCAUUUACCUUGCCAAUGAGCACUCCCUUCUCGAAAGAGAACCUACCUUCCUCUCCUUCAACAACCAUGGUUGAGGAUUUCAUCACUACUACUACUACUACUACCGAUCCACAACAACAAACAGACAAAAAAUCAUCCACACGCAAUAGACGAUCGUCAAAAAAGUCAACCUCCUCACCUCAUCCUGAAGAAGUCGAUGACAAGAAAAAAAAGAAGAAAUUGACGCUCACCAAAGAACAGGACAUGAUGCUCAUUGAAGCUGUUCGACAAUAUACAGAAAAUAAUAGUCCUAUUCAAUGGAAAGAAAUUAAUCGUAAAUUGUUUAACAAUCAAUAUACCUCUAACUUUUUAUAUCAACGAUAUCAUCGAACCCUUAAUGCUAAAAAGCACAGAUGGAGCGAUGAAGAAGACUUGGAAUUGCUUCAUUAUUGUAACAAACAUGACAAAAAGUGGUCACUCAUCGCACAAAAGGAAUAUGAAGGAUUUUUCCCUGAUAUUCAACUCUCAAAUCGAUACAAGAAUGUUUGUAAACGAAAUGAAUUAAAAGAGAGAUUGGCCUCAAUGACUGAAAAAGAAAUUGAAGAUUUAAUAGAAAGAAACAGGGAGGCCAGAACAAAGAGUUUGGACACUAGAAAUUUAGUUAAAGUUAUUGAAGACAAUACAGAGCUUUCUGGACACACGUCACCAAGUAUUGACACCUCAAAAACAAAGAGAAAGUCAAACUCUCCCUCUUCAUCGAGUAAAAAGACCAAAUAUCAUCAAAUAGACAGUAGCCCAAGGAUGGAGAGUGACGAAUCCACUGAAUUGGAAGUAGACGAAGGUGAUUCACAUGACUCGUUUGGAAAACAAGAAGAGAACAACCCUAAUUCUUUUCUUGUAGAGUUGGAAACGAUACGAUAUUGGCCACAAAAUAAGGUAGAAGAGGAAUAUUGGAAGAAAGUCGAGUUUAUUAAGAUCAAUCUCAUGCCUUUAUUGGUUGAUUUACUUCAUGACUGCGAAAAAAGCAUUGAAACUCUCAACGAAUCCAUGCUGGCCAUUUUACAAUCAACUCAAAACGCCUCACUAAAGUUAAAGCAGGUAGAAGAAAACAUGGAGUUGAAAAGUGGUUGGCAAAAAUUAUACGAAGACUGCCGUUUGUUGCACGACAUUAUCAAUCAAGGAGUCGAUACACAGUUGAAUCCUAUCACCGUCGAUUCUUUCACAUUUUUAUGCCGAGCUGAAUGCUGUCUCUCCUCGUAUCGAGAGAGAUUGAGACAAACACGUGAAAUGAAAUGA